UCCAUCUUCUAUUGGCUGACACCUGACUACUGCUCUGUUGUUCAGUACAAAUUGAAGGAAACAACAUCGACAAUAAAUAACAGAUAAAUAAUCAAUAAUUUGAUCCGAAAAACUCCAACCAGUUUCGAUAUCAAACAAUAUUCGUGGUAGCUGAAAGCAGGGGAACCUCAGCCAUACGGAGGUUUGUUUUUUCUAGUAACCAUGCUAGCAUUGCUAGCAAAGUAGCCAGCGUCUCGUCGCCUCCUCUUCAUCUUCAUGGGUCUCUGCUGUUGAGUCUGCCAGGCUUGUGCUGGAGGCAGCGAGGCUAACAAAUUAAUGCCAUCGGCCAGGAACUCCGGUCAUAUUAUGAGUGCGGCGAGUUGCAAAGCUAACGGCGCUGUGUACCCCGCCUCAUCAGCAAUGAUGAACUCUGUGAAGAAGCCGAAGAUGGAGCAGAUUCAGGCCGACCAUGAGCUGUUCCUACAGGCCUUUGAAAAACCAACUCAGAUAUACAGAUUCCUUCGCACUAGGAAUUUGAUUGCACCCGUAUUUUUGCACAGGACUCUCACCUUCAUGUCUCACAGAAACGGCCGAACAAAUGCCAAAAGGAAAACAUUCAAAGUUGAUGAUAUGUUGCAGACAGUUGAGAGGAUGAAGGGAGAGCAGGAUUCUCCAAGUUUGUCUUCACAUCUACAAUUAACCUUCACUGGGUUCUUCCAUAAGGAUGAAAAGCCAUCUCAGAAUUCAGAAAAUGAACAAAAUUCUGUGUCCUUAGAGGUGCUACUUGUCAAAGUCUGCCAUAAAAAACGCAAGGAUGUCAGCUGCCCGAUAAAGCAAGUGCCUACAGGUAAAAAGCAGGUGCCUUUGAAUCCUGACAGUAACCAAACCAAGCCUGGCUCCCACCCUUCCUUACUGGUAUCCAGCAACGAGUUUGAGCCCAGCAACAGCCACAUGGUCAAGUCCUACUCGCUUCUGUUCAGGGUGUCACGCACAGGGAGGAGGGAUACUAAUGGUUUGGUCAACGGCGAGGCCAACGAGAACAUUGAUGUUACAGAUGCUCCUAGUAGAAAGAAGAGAAGUUCAUCCCAUAGAGAUGAAGGAGAGACCACAGAGACAUUUGUUGCACAAAUGACGGUCUUUGAUAAGAAUAGGAGAUUGCAGUUGCUGGAUGGGGAAUAUGAGGUGUCGAUGCAAGGGAUGGAGGACAGCCCUGUCAGCAAAAAGCGGGCUACGUGGGAAACCAUUCUGGAUGGAAAGAGACUGCCACCAUUUGAGACAUUUUCUCAGGGACCCACAUUGCAGUUUAUGCUGCGUUGGACAGGUGAUGCUAGCGGAAAAUCCACAGCUCCCGUGGCAAAACCCCUUGCUACACGCAACUCCGACAGCUCCAGCCCCAUGGAGACUAGAACCAGCAAUCACCGAGCUGCCCUCAUGACAGUGAAAGAGUCAGUCAGCACAGACAUUCAGACGAGGAAAGAGCAGGUCCUGUGUGAGCCGCGGCAGAAGCUACGUAUAUUUUAUCAGUUCUUGUACAACAAUAACACGCGGCAGCAAACCGAGGCAAGAGAUGAUCUUCACUGUCCCUGGUGUACCCUGAACUGCAGCAAACUCUACAGCCUGCUCAAACACCUCAAACUCUCCCACUCCCGCUUCAUCUUCAACUAUGUGCCUCACCCCAAAGGAGCAAGGAUAGAUGUGUCCAUCAAUGAGUGCUACGACGGCUCGUACGUUGGCAACCCUCAGGACAUCCACAGCCAACCCGGCUUUGCUUUUAGCCGCAAUGGCCCAGUUAAGAGGACUGCCGUCACUCACAUACUGGUUUGCAGGCCCAAGAGAACCAAACCGAGUCUGUCGGAGUUCCUGGAGUCUGAGGAUGGAGAGUUGGAGCAGCAGAGGACCUACGUCAGCGGACACAACCGCCUCUACUUCCACAGUGACAGCUGCAUGCCCCUGCGGCCCCAGGAGAUGGAGGAGGACAGCGAGGACGAGAGAGAUCCAGAGUGGCUCAGAGAGAAGACUGCCACGCAACUGGAUGAGUUCACAGAUGUCAAUGAGGGAGAGAAAGAAGUGAUGAAGUUAUGGAACCUGCACGUCAUGAAGUAUGGAUUCAUAGCAGACAACCAGAUGAAUCAGGCCAUCAUGCUGUUUGCGGAGAACACUGGUGCUCACAUCAUUCGCCGCAACCUCUGUCGCAACUUCCUCCUGCAUCUGGUCAGCAUGCACGACUUCAACCUGGUAAGCACAGCCACUAUUGACCGCGCCAUGGCUCGUCUGCGACAGAUCCAAGAAGAGCUUCCAGACACCGAGGAGCCGCAGCAGGACCAUACUGUGGUAUCAGCAGGAUCCUACAACGGCAAUGCCGUCACCUCCACUGGAGGGAAGCAGGGCAAGAGGACAAAAAGCUCACUAACGGACUGAUGUAGGACAGACGAAACGACGACUGUUUUGUUUCCUUCUUCAAUGAACAUUACCAACCCUUUGGUGCUUAGAUAUGUGGGAGAACUGGUCUGUGCAGAAUCUGACCUGAAGCAGACCAGUAUACAAGGUAAACAAGUUUUUUUGGAACUUGAGAACUGAACCAAAUAUGAACAAUAUAAAAGUAAGUCGCCCACAUUUACAAACCAGGGAUUUGAGGUCUGGGUGAUGUAAGUUGAACCUACUAAAGAUGCAUUUUGUAGGAGCCGCUGAAGUCUUUGGGGGAGAGAUUGAACAAACUGUCUUUUGAUGUGGACAACUGUAUCAAGACUACAGUUAAAACUGUACUGGUAACAUUGUCACUCUUGAUGAUUUGUACACAUACACAAUAACCUUGUUGACAACUUAUCCUUUUAGCUGAUUAUUUUAGCACUUGGUGUUUGUAUUUAGAAAUCUUACCUUGAAUUUUUUUUUUUCUUCAAUUUAUGCUGCGCCAAUUGUUAAAUGCAGCUUCUGUCGGUGGAGAAAUUUUAGUGGGUCUGAUUUCACUGUUGUGAAUGACAUUUAAUUUGAAGGGUCCUACAGUAACCGUAAAAAUCUACACUAUUGGCAUCAAUGUCUAGAGUAUAUAAAGCCUGUAAGGCUUGUUAGGCCCCGAAAUGAAUGAAUUGUGGGUUUUUCUGGUAGGUUGCCAUGGCAAUAGUGAUGUACUGUAUACUUUGAUUCCUGAACAAAAGAAUAAAUUCUGAUUUGGGUCCAUG